GUUAAAGGUGCACUAUGCAGAAAUCGCUCCGCCAUUUCCUGGUUGCGAAAAUUAUAAUAGUGUGCCUAAUUUCAGUUGGUGACAAAACAAGGAAGUAUAGUGUAGAGAAUCAUUGUACAGUCGUGGCCAAAAGUUUUGAGAAUGACACAAAUAUUAAUUUUCACAAAGUUUGCUGCCUCAGUUUGUAUGAUGGAUGGCAAUUUGCAUAUACACCAGAAUGUUAUGAAGAGUCAUCGGAUGAAUUGCAAUUAAUUUCAAAGUCCCUCUUUGCCAUGCAAAUGAACUGAUUCCCCAGAAAAAAUGUCCACUGCAUUUCAGCCCUGCCACAAAAGGACCAGUUGACAUCAUGUCAGUGAUUCUCUCGUUAACACAGGUGUGAGUGUUGAUGAGGACAAGACUGGAGAUCACUCUGUCAUGCUGAUUGAGUUUGAAUAACAGACUGGAAGCUUCAAAAGGAGGGUGGUGCUUGGAAUCAUUGUUCUUCCUCUCAAGCAUGGUUACCUGCAAGGAAACACGUGCGGUCAUCAUUGCUUUGCACAAAAAGAGCUUCACAGUCAAGGAUAUUGCUGCCAGUAAGAUUGCACCUAAAUCAACCAUUUGUCGGAUCCUCAUGAACUUCAAGGAGAGUGGUUCAAUUGUUGUGAAGAAGGCUUCAGGGAGCCCAAAAAAGUCCAGCAAGCGCCAGGACCGUCUCCUAAAGUUGAUUCAGCUGCGGGAUUGGGGCACCACCAGUACAGAGCUUGCUCAGGAAUGGCAGCAGGCAGGUGUGAGUGCAUCUGCACGCACAGUGAGGUGAAGACUUUUGGAGGAUGGCCUGGUGUCAAGAAGGGCAGCAAAGAUUCCACUUCUCUCCAGGAAAAGCAUCAGGGACAGACUGAUAUUCUGCAAAAGGUACAAGGAUUGGACUGCUGAGGACUGGGGUAAAGUCAUUUUCUCUGAUGAAUCCCCUUUCCAAUUGUUUGGGGCAUCUGGAAAAAAGCUUGUCCGGAGAAGACAAGGUGAGCGCUACCAUCAGUCCUAUGUAAUGCCAACAGUAAAGCAUCCUGAGACCAUUCAUGUGUGGGGUUGCUUCUCAGCCAAGGGAGUGGGCUCACUCACAAUUUUGCCUAAGAACACAGCCAUGAAUAAAGAAUGGUACCAACACAUCCUCCGAGAGUAACUUCUCCCAACCUUCCAGGAACAGUUUGGUGACGAACAAUGUCUUUUCCAGCAUGAUGGAGCACCUUGCCAUAAGGCAAAAGUGAUAACUAAGUGGCUCGGGGAACAAAACAUCGAUAAUUUGGGUGCAUUGCCAGGAAACUCCCCAGACCUUAAUCCCAUGGAGAAUUUGUGGUCAAUCAUCAAGAGGGGCGGGUGGACAAACAAAACCCCACAAAUUGUCAUCUCCCGUCUGGAUUACUGCAACUCGCUGUUGGCUGGGCUCCCUGCCUGUGCCAUUAAACCCCUACAACUCAUCCAGAACGCCGCAGCCCGUUUGGUAUUCAACCUUCCCAAGUUCUCUCACGUCACCCCGCUCCUCCACUGGCUUCCAGUUGAAGCUCGCAUCCGCAACAAGACCAUGGUGCUUGCCUACGGAGCUGUGAGGGGAACGGCACCUCAGUACCUCCAGGCUCUGAUCAGGCCCUACACCCAAACAAGGGCACUGCGUUCAUCCACCUCUGGCCUGCUCGCCUCCCUACCACUGAGGAAGUACAGUUCUCGCUCAGCCCAGUCAAAACUGUUCGCUGCUCUGGCUCCCCAAUGGUGGAACAAACUCCCUCACGACGCCAGGACAGCGGAGUCAAUCACCACCUUCCGGAGACACCUGAAACCCCACCUCUUUAAGGAAUACCUAGGAUAGGAUAAAGUAAUCCUUCUCCCCCCCCUUAAAAGAUUUAGAUGCACUAUUGUAAAGUGGCUGUUCCACUGGAUGUCAUAAGGUGAAUGCACCAAUUUGUAAGUCGCUCUGGAUAAGAGCGUCUGCUAAAUGACUUAAAUGUAAUGUAAAUGUAAAUUCGGACAAACUCCAAGCAUUGAUUUUGCAAGAAUGGGCUGCCAUCAGUCAGGAUGUGGCCCAGAAGUUAAUUGACAGCAUGCCAGGGUGGAUUGCAGAGGUCUUGAAAAAGAAGGGUCAACACUGCAAAUAUUGACUCUUUGCAUCAACUUCAUGUAAUUGUCAAUAAAAGCCUUUGACACUUAUGAAAUGCUUGUAAUUAUACUUCUGUAUUCCAUAGUAACAUUUGACAAAAAUAUCUAAAGACACUGAAGCAGCAAACUUUGUGUAAAUUAAUAUUUGCGUCAUUCUCAAAACAUUUGGCCAUGACUGUACAAUCUAAACCGCUGUGAAAUAUCUUUUCCAUAACCAAAAAUCUUGUAUUUUCAACAGUUUUGAAGCUGGUGUACAACAUCGAAAGUAAAAGACACAAAAAUGGAAGUUAUGAACGAUAAUCAUAGAAGUAGCGCACAUAGAACAGAUAUACCGCUUCUUAGACUUGCGUUAAAUGAGAAUGACAUACCUAUAACUCACAUUUCUAUGUGAGUUUUGUCGUGUCGCCCUGAGUUAGAUAUUGCAGCUUUAAGUUAUUUGUCAACUCAAAACUAGUCAAUAAAAUAUUUAAGUAUAAUUGACUAUACAUGUUCAAUAAGCUUCACAUGUUACAUCUGGAAACUACACUUUUACUGUGUACAUUGUCUAAUCUGACACUACACCAGUACUGUAUGAAGAUGGUAAUCUGAAUCGAAGGUCAUUAGAUACUGUAGAUAUCUAAAUAGAUUAGAGAAAUUGAUAUGAUUGUUAGUUUGAAUGAUUUACUGGUUCGUUGAUUUGCCAGUCAACAGAGGCGGAUAUAAUGGUGGAGAUGUACAGAAAGAGAAUGUGAGAGAAAAGGAGAGACUCAGGAAGUCAACAGGGGAAGUUUAGUGGUUUCUUGCGUCAUUGCUUGCUGCUGCUUGGUUGUGCCUGUGCAGAGUGAAGGUAGGAACAGUCUUAACUCUCUUACACUUUCUUAUUCUUGUUUUUACCUCUAAGUCACCCCGAAACUGGACAAGAGCAGCAGUGACAGUGUGUUAGAUGUGGGAUGGUAGGGGUCAGGGGGAUGGAGAGGUGGGGUCAGGCUCAGAGGCUUUAUGUUCUACAACAGGCCUGCAGUCACAAUGUACAGUUAAAUGGACUUCAGCUGCAGUGAGAGGACCACAAUUGCCACGAGAGGCCGGGAAGAGAGGGUCACAGAACAGCCAAAGACUUGGUUUGGGGUGUCAGGGUGUCCCAUCAGCAUAGAGAGGCUUGAUUGAAUUUGAAGUGUCCCCAGAUCACAGCACUGAGAGGGCGACUGGGAGUAUUGGAGUGAAGGGUGUGGCUUGUUUAUUUUGUGAACAAAAUAUAUUGGAGGAAAGUGAACAGUUAUGUAUGCUGUAGAUUGUGAGUGAUGCACAGUUUGAUUUUAAGUGAUCAUAUUAAGUGUUGUGUUGGUGUAUACAUAUGAUUUUGCUGGUUUCUUACUUUGCAGAGUGCCACAAACACAACGACAUACCGCAUGACCCAGCUGAAUAGCUUAACACAGCUCAGUAUAGCACAGUAAAGUAAUGCACUUCACCCAGUUAAACAUAAAGCACAAUAAAAUCCAAUGAAGAAAACAACACCGCCUAUAAUAUUAACAGCACAUUGUAAAUGUAUAUGAAAUCCACGUUACCAUACAGAAAAUACAUAUAUUAGACAAUCACGCACACACCUAGUUGACAACAGGGCUGAAUGUGAGAGGUUGAGGCAGGAGAAAAGAAGAGAUGCGGAGACUCCGGAGAAAAGGAGGGAACAAUGAGAAGGUGUUUGGCUGUCACCUGUUGGACCACCUGGCUACAAGCUGUCAGGAGAUUCCUCAGGUGCUGCGAAGCUGCAGUGAAUUCAUUGAGAAGCAUGGGGUUGUAGAUGGGAUCUACAGGCUAUCUGGGGUGUCAUCCAACACGCAGAAACUUCGGGGUGAGUUUGACAGUGAGGGAACCCCAGAUCUCAAUAAGGAUGUGUACCUGCAGGACAUUCACUGUGUCAGCUCUCUCUGCAAGGCCUACUUCAGAGAGUUGCCCAAUCCUCUCCUCACAUACCAGCUCUAUGACAAAUAUGCUGAAGCUGUGGCAAUUCAGCUGGAGGACGAGAGGCUGGUGAAGAUCAAGGACGUGCUGAAGGAAUUACCCGCUCCCCAUUACAGAACUCUAGAGUUCCUGAUGCGUCACCUUGUAAAGAUGGCUUCUUAUUCCUCACACACCAACAUGCAUGCCCGGAACCUCGCCAUUGUUUGGGCUCCAAACCUUCUCAGGUCAAAAGACAUUGAGGCGUCAGGGUUUAACGGUACUGCAGCCUUCAUGGAGGUGAGGGUCCAGUCCAUCGUAGUGGAAUUCAUCCUCACCCACGUGCCCCAGCUGUUUUCUGGUUCAGAGAAACGUUUAUUCCCAGCCAUUCCACUCCAGUUAGGCAACAUCAGCCCAGGGGACGGCCCCCCGGCCAUGCGCUCCUAUCACGCCAUCAUCGACGGCACAGACAAGAGGAAGGGAUCUCUCAAGAGCAGGAAGUGGAAGUCCAUCUUCAAUUUAGGAGGCAGACUCCAAGACCCGAGAGGAAGGAACAAGAACUCAACCAAAGAAAAAGAGAGAACUGUCUUAAGGCCAGCCAAGAGCAUGGAUUCCCUGAGCUCAAUGCCCUAUUCGCAUGAAGGUUCCAGACAACGAGCCCCUUCCACUGUCAUAUCCCCCCUGGCUCAGCCCUCUCCCUGUCCCCAAGGUGGUGCGGAUGAAGGGGCAUCCACUAAUGGUAGUGAUGUGGGCAGCGGGUAUGCUGUGACCUUCCGGAGGGGUCAGGGGGCUAGUGUGAGUGUAGUGAGCGGGGGCGGGGGAACCAAGGGCACAUACAGUCGACUGGGCAGUCACUGUAGUGGGGGCAACAGCACUGAGGCUCUGCAACCCCCAUCCAGAUCCCCAGGAAUCUCCAGCAAAGCGGACCGGCGGGCAGGGAUACACAUCUCCGGACCUUUCUCAGUCACCGUCCCCCUUCACAUCACAUCAGGCCUGGCCUUUGGGGUGCUGCAGGGAGGUGGUGCAGAAAGGCGAAACCAUAGCGGAGGAGAGGGGAGCCGAGAUAAGGGAGAGGAGGGUGGGGAGGGUGUGAGACAGGAGGGAGGGGAAAGGGCAAGGCACAUUCGAGUGGCAGUUGUGGGGGAGGACGAGACUGAUGGAGUCAAGAGAAGAGAUCAAGAGGUAUCGGAGGAGAGAAGAGAUAUGGAUGAUAAAGUUGAAGGAAAAGAAGACAGAGGAAAGGAGGAGGAACUGAAUGGGGACUGUGUAUCUAAGCCAUUAGAGGAGAGGGGUGAAGAGGGUGAGGGUGGAGGAGAGGAUAAAGUAAACCAUGAAAACGAUGAAGAGGAGGAUGAAGAGGGAGAACACAUGGAAAUCAAAGGCUCUGUGCAGACUGCCCUGGAUGCCCGAAAUGGUGUCAGAAAUGAGGCAGCUGCCACAGAUGUGCCGUACCCUAUGACAAUGGAGGAGGACGAUGCACAAGUCCAGGACUGUCCACUAGACUUUCAGGAUACUUUUGGAUUCCUGGACCUCAUGGACAGCAGUGCUUCCACCAAGAUGUUCCAGGCGUUCUCAGUAGAGCCUCAUCAUGCGGAAAAUGAGUAUGAGGACGAGCUGGAGCAGAGAUCCCCUGGACUCUCAUAUGACAAACCAGACUCUGUCACACAGCCACCUGUAGACACACAGACACAAAUACAGACAGGCUGCCAAACAGAGACACACACACUGAAGCAGACACAAACUCCCACACACAGACCUCUAAGCUUUGAUCAAUAUGAACGAGCCAACAAGUCAAUGAGUCUACCGUACAUAUCCAGGCCCUUCCUGCCUGCUCGCUGCUCUUCCUCUGAAGAAAAGGAUAAUGACGACGAAGAUGCUGAUUACGACAGAGAAGAUGAGGAGGACAAUGAUGACAUGUUCUGUAAAAGUCUACCAUCUAGUUUGGUGUUCAAUAGACUGACAUGGAGUGGGCCUCAGCCUGACAUGGAGAAUGGUUUGUCCCUCCCUGCUAAGCCCUCACAACAAUUGGACAAUGCUUCUGAUGACAGGUCCAUAGGAAUUGGUCUAUCACAGAGUUCUGAGGCCAGAAUGCCUCCUGAGCAGUUGGACAUUGAUUCCCCUGAUUGCUGUUACCCAUUAGAAGAGGUCUUGAGGCAUAGCAAGGCUGAAGAAGAGAAUAGACUGGAAGCGAUAGACCUGUUGGAGGAUACAAGGCAGGAUCCAGACAACCAGGAGAUUGACCAUGCAGACACACUGACGAAUACAUGCACAGAAAGCACUGUUGUCACUUGUCACUCGGUUGAAACAAGCAUGAUGAAGGAAGAGGAAACACCAGGUGACAUUGAGAGAGGCCUCGCUUCAGCAUCCUCUUCAACUGACUGUGAGGAGGCCUCACUGCAGACCACUGCAGAGGAAGAGGACACUGGAGUUCACCUGCAGCUCAGAGACGAGGAGGACCUGAAGAGUCACUGUGGUGAAGGUGUGAUUUCAGAGGGUUACAAUGGCGAUACCGUGAGCGAAGCCGAGAAAGAAGAUUCACAAGAGCAUUUACUCUCUGCCUGUCGUAUAGUUUCCUGUGCUGAAGAGCCAAAGAACAUACUCAAUGAGCGAUUGGAGGUAGUUUCAGCUGGGGGCGCAAUGGAGCAGCCUGAAAAUAGUGCUGAGAGGGAUAGCGAGGGAAAGAAGGAAGAUGUAGAGGAAGAGAUGGAGGAAAGAGAAGAUAGAAAUGGGGGGGAAUUUAACAAACAAGAAGGAGAGGUAACAAGAAUUGAGACUGAGGAGAGAGAGGUAUUAAAGGAGUUGGAAGAAACAGAAGGGGAGGACUUUGGGGCGAGGGAGCAAAAAGGAAUGAUUGAAGAAGAGGAAAGGGUAGCAGGUGAGGAAGGGGAAGUAGGAGAAGAAGACAUUUAUGAGAUAAUGAGCGUAUUAGCCAGGGAUGACAUGAUGGAAAGUGGAGAUAGGAAGGAUAGGGAAGGGGAGACUGAGGAACGUAAAGUUAUGGAGGAGGUGAUAGAAACCAAAGAGGGAGAGAGUAUCAGAGUACAGCAGAAAGAGAUAGAUAAGGAAGGAGAGAGGAGGGCAAGUGAAGAGAUGAGUGCAAAAGAAGAGACGAAGCGAGAGGUGGAAGGAGUGGAUACCAUGGGAGAGACUGAGGAAGAGGCAGCUGAAGAGGGAAUGAAAAAUAUGUUGAUUAAUAAUGAGGAGCAUAAACAGGACCUAGAGGCCCAGCAUGUUUUAGAGAGAAGAGAAAGAGCUAUAGAUCUGAUGAAGGGUGUUGAGGGAGAUGAGGAGGGAGAUAAAGAGAUGGAAGUGGGAGGUGUCAUCAGGAAUGAAGAAGGAGAUAGUAUACAUGUGGUCCAACAGGAGACAGAGGAACGUGAAUCAACAGGACCAAAUAAGGAGAACCAAGAGAGGGAGAAUGAAGAAGAGACAAAAGACCAACUACAGAUACCAACAAUAAUAGAGGAAAGCGAGGAAGAACUGAAAGAGGUCCAGAUUUACAUCAAAGAAUUGAAUGAAGGACAGAAGGAAGGGAGAGGUAGUAAAGUGGGGUCUGAAAAAGGGGUGGGGAGAUUGCUGGUCAGGUCUAAACAAAAAACACCCCCUAAAGUGUUUCAAGCAAGAUCAGUGCCAAUGGUACCACCCAAGCCACAUCACUGCCGAAUAACUGCACUGAACCUCAGACAAGAGCAGCAGAGGGAGAGAAGAGAGGCAGACCGAGCCAGGGGGAAGGGAAAGGUACACAGGGCUUUGGGACAGCAAGAUAAGGCCAAAGAGAGAAAGAUGGAAGGAAAGCUAGAGCAUGACCAAGUCUGUGAGACAGAACAACAGUGGAAUGAGAAAGGGGAAGAUGAGGGGAGAGGCUAAAGGGAGUGGCAGGCACAGUGGGGAGGGGAGAGGAGGAGAGAUGUGGAAGAGGGGGGAAUGAGAGACAUGAUGAAAAACAGUCAAAUAAGUAUGUGUUUUGAUGAAGCUGUUGAAAUGGAAAUCAAGAGAGGGUGCGAGGAAGAGUGCAGUGAGAGGGAGAAACAGAAAGAUUGAGGAUAUGAAGUCCAAUAAAGAGAAAGAUGUGGACAAAGACGCCAGUAAAUGUUGUAGUCAUCGACUCUGUCUGGACGGUUAGUAUACAACUGAUCAUUUAUAUACAAUAUAUAAAUACAUAAACAUUUAUUUUACAUUUUUAUUAUACUCCCUGUAUAAUUCAGCCUGGGCCAAGAACCGGCCCACUCAGACUCAGGGCAACUCUGAAAACUGAUCCUUCGCACUCUCUCUCUCUCCCUCUGUAAAUGUCCCCCCUUUUUUUGCUGGUUUUAACCUAUUAAUGUAACUUACCAUUUUAACUGUUUGGUUUUAAUCAAUCAGCAAAGAGCUGUCAAUGUACACCAAGUAUGGAAAUCUCAGGUAUCACAUCUCAUGCAUAACCACAAUGGGUAUUGUUAAGAGUGAGCAAGCAAAUGGUGAGAAAGCAAAUGUAAUAACCUCUUAGGAGUUAAUGAGGGCAAUGUGUUGUCAUUUGUGUCAAUUCCAUAAAACAAUGAAUUUUCUGUUUUAUUUGUUUUUGUAAAUACACUUCUUCUGCAAAGAAAAGUGUCCGUCGUAUUUGUAUUUUCAAAAAUAAUUUCACUAGUAGCUAGCAGACAAUAAAAACAGGUAGCUAGGCGUUUAUUACUGAUUUC